AGGGCGGGACCUUCCCCUACCAUCCUUCCCGGCAGUGUGUAGAAGCCACAAGGCGUAUUACUGCCCUCCACUGGUCUCUAGCUUCACAAGCUCUUCUGACACACUUCAGUAUCAUACAGGAACUGCAAUACUGUCAUGAAUAUCAUUUGAUUGUUUUCAUUAUGGCCAAAUGAAGAAAAUCUCGAACGUUGCUGCCUCAGAUACUGAAGACUACAUACGCCGUGGCGCAGUAGCAGCACGCUAAGCGACGUUCCUACGUGGCAGCCAUCUUGGUGGGGGCAUCGUUACCAUAGAUAUCUAUGAUCGUACCUAUUUAUGGCUAUGCAUGUACAUUGAAAAUAAAUCAUUACGUGCUAGUAUCUCAACUGAUUUUCUUUUUUCUCCCCCCCAAAAAACAAGUACUUUUAAUACAGAUCAUUUUAUUAAACAUUUUAUUUAUUUUCAAUCAAAUGGUUAUAGAUAUUCAUAUCUGUAGGAGUGAGGAGUGCGUCCCAUACCUGCCCGUCUUAUUUAUACCUUCCCUCUUCAAUUGAGGCGCCCUCCACAGCUGUAAGUGUGAUUUAAUUAUAAGUGACACUCGGUAGUGAAGGGGGAUUGUGUAGGGGGCGGAUUGGGAUUGGGCCUAGAUGCAUCACUGCGCCGGCGCGUUCACUCCCGCUCAACCAACACGGCAGCCUCCUGGUCUCUUAUUGGUGAAUUUGAAAUGCAUCACUUAAACCCAUUGGUCGGUAUUCAAACGCUGCAGUACUGCGGUCAUUUUAAAAAAGCUUAUGAGCGUUCCAGCGGCAGUCCGUGAGCAAAGAGUACAGACAACUCAAGAUACUGUCAGGUAACUGGUAUUAUAUUUUACUUGUGUUGAAGUCAUGGUUUAGAUUUUUCUGCAGAUAGGGUACAAAAUAGGCCACUUGGACAGAGUAGUAAGCCGAAUUUGAGAAAUAUUGUGGAGCCUUUGGAGACGAAGGGAGUUAGUAAGCUAAUCAAACCGACGUUGCAUGAAAAAUGUGAGCUGUUAACGGACAAGCGGAGAGUUUAUAUUGUUAACAAUCUGUAUAAUCAUACUGCAGUUUUUUCACGAAAAGUCUACCAACUGGUCUUAAACUUAUGCUUCUUAAUGAUUUUAGCUAAAAUUACUUAUUUUCUGGAACAAUGUAAGAAGUAAAUACUUCAUUCGUGUUGGGGCUAAAGUCUUGUAUACCAACAGUUAAAAUCAGAGAGUAAUCGUAAAUUUUAACAGAUUUGUGCAACCGAAGGCACAACUUAGUCUCAUGGUGUACAUAUUUCAGAUUGACACAUUUCUGUGUACCACCUCAAGCUGUUUCAGUCGUGUUAGGUUGAGGUUUUAGGCCCCACACGUCUUAUAGCAUUAAAAAUCAGUUAAAGGCACUCCUUUUUAUACAAUUAAGUGUUCUUGGGCUUACCGAGAAGACCCAGUUGUUAAAAUUGCACUGUUAAUAAAUAAUCUAUUUCUUUUCUUUCAGGCUAUAAUGGAGGACUAUUUGAAAAUAGAGAAAAUUGGAGAAGGUUGGUCUUAUUUGUUUUAAGUUGAAUUUAAAUUUGCAAAUGUUAUUCUACCAAAGAGACAUGUCAGGUGAUUUUCAAACAUCCUUAAUGUGUCACUAUAAAGCUGAAAGUUGUCUUUAUUGUUAUUCUUUCCCUGCUUGCUCUUAUUAAGGUCAUCUUGUCCACUUUUUCUUGCAGGUACAUAUGGUGUGGUGUAUAAAGGCAGGCACAAAGCCACAGGGCAGAUUGUGGCGAUGAAGAAGAUCCGUUUGGAGAGUGAAGAGGAGGGAGUUCCUAGCACUGCUAUCAGAGAGAUCUCACUGCUUCAAGAGCUGAAGCAUCCCAACGUUGUACGGUACGCUUGACAUGUGAAGAAUUAAGGGUUUGUUACAUGACCAACAGUAUCUGUUAGAUUAACAUUUGUUCAAGUAGAAUGCUUGCUGAUAAUAGAUGCAGUGUUGGGCUGAGGAGUGCAGAGACUGCAAAAGGCUAAACAGGCAUAUUUUGAUUCAAAGUUUUAUUGUCACUAAAAUCCUGCGGUUUAACUUCCCUAAUGGAAAAUAAUGUUGAUCACUCAUGUCCUACAAUCAGAUACAGCAGUAAAGCUGAGGUCAGUCUUGCCUCAUUCACCUAAACAAUAUUGGAAUACUACCAACAACUUUUUUAAUGUUAAUAUUUCUCUGAGAUAAUGUAUGUUUGAAUUUUGUGAAGAUUCACUUGUAGCACAUGAGUGCAUUUGCCCUAAAAUAACACAUACCAUUUAGAGAACUGAGGCUUUUCAGUGUUCAGAUGACCAGAAGGGAAAAAGGAUCUAAAAAGUCUACAGCAGUGGUUUUUAAUAUUUACGACAGGAAUUUAGAAAAACCUUCAAGUCAUUCUAAUCACAGGUUUUGCUAAAGAAAAUAAGAAUUUUAGAAUUAAGGUUUCAAGAUAACUUUGCUUCUGUUGGUCUGAAAUGUGGGGCUGUCUCAUGUUGUCGUGAGAGCUUAAGAAAUAGUCAUGAGGUUAUAUGUGCAUUAAUCACUGUUCUGAACCAAACCAAAGUGUGUAAUUCUCUCUAAGUAUCACUAUAAAUACACUAUAUGUAAAGGAAAAGACAGCUGAAGCUUUUUCUUCUUCUUUUUUUUUUUUUGUAACUUUGUUACAUUUAAAGUGCAAAAGUUUAUAGGAUGUUGAAAGACAUCCAUUCUAGUCAUACAAACUAAUUCUUUAAUUAUCCCAUUAAACUGCUGAAACAAAGAAUUGUGUCCGCCAAGCUAGAAGGACUGGUAUAUAUAUAUAUAUAUAUAUACACACACAGUAUUUUGCUGGAUAUAACUGCAGCCUUUGUGUCAUUUGAAUAGAAGAAUUAACAAACUUGACUAUGAUGCAGAACUGUUAAAAGUCCAAAUUCAAUGUGUUGUAGAUCUGAGAUGAAACAGUUUCACAUGGUGUAUUAAGUUCAGUGCCUGACCCUGUUAAACUAGGUUUUGCAUUUGGAUAUGUUUAUAUGUACUGUUUUAAACUGUGGCAGCUACUUAAAAUUCCAUACAUGUACAUAGCCAACCCCCUUAGAGAGUCAUGGUUGCAAUAAAAUAUAAACAACAGUAUACUUCUUACUGUGCACUUGCUCAAAGGUGUGUUUGUGUGUGUAUACCAGACUCCUGGAUGUCUCGAUGCAGGAGUCUCGUCUCUACCUCAUCUUUGAGUUCUUGUCCAUGGACCUGAAGAAAUACCUGGACACCAUCCCCUCUGGCCAGUAUGUGGAUCCUAUGCUAGUGAAGGUAACCAUGACUGUGAAAAAUGAACUCUCAUUGAUUCAUCUUGAUGGUUUUAAGUCUGAGUUUGUCUGUCUGUAAUGUAGAGCUGUCAUAUCAGUCUAUUUCAAACCAAUUUAAAGAAAACCUGCUGACUACCAAAACAUUUUUAUUUGCUGGAAGAAGACUCAAAGUAACACUGGAGAUGAGCUGUUCUUUUUAACCUGAUGUAACACAGAUCAGUUCAGAACACCACCUGCAAAAGUCUGUUGACAUUUUCCUCUCCAUUUAAGUUUAUAUAUGCCGCCUUUAACACAACUCCAUUCUUGAUAAAGCAACAACUUUUACACCAUGUUUAGUUUUUUGUUUUUUAAAGAAAAUGGUUUGUUUAGUUUGUGAGUUGAGCCCAUAAGCUGAUCAUGUUCAGCACAUUAUUUCAUUAUUUUGCAUAACAAGGAGAUAAGCAACCUUCUUUAUUGCUUUCUGUGAAGUACAGGGAUAUCAAAAGAUUUCAAAAAACAUUGGGAAAAUGAUAAACUAAUUAGAGGUGUCCCGAUACGAUAUUGAUAUCGGUCUGAUAUCAGCAAAAAAAAAAAAACUAAUAUCGGAUUAUAUCUGCCUGCAUCUAAAAUCUCUGAUACAAGCAGUCCAUGCCAGACUCUGCUUCAGCACCUUUUUCUAGCAGUGCCUGGAUCCAGCAUGCAGGGCCCAUGCAAUCACAACAACAGUGUGUACUAAGGUACUAACAAAGCAAGGAGCAGGAGUGAUGUCGGCCAUGUGGCAGUAUUUUUCGUUCAAGUCCGAAAAAGAAGUUGCCGCUGAGUGCCAAACUUGUCAUGCACAAGUUUGUGCCAAUAUUGGUAUCGGUAAUUACUGAAGGCUAUAAUAUUGGUAUCGUAUUGGAGGUAACAAAAAAAAAAAGUUGUAUUGGGACACCCCUUAAAUCAACUGAUUGAAGUUUCUGUGGAUUAUUGUGGCGGUAUAAGCACUUCCAUCUCCAUUUAUUCUCUUCCUCUUACCCUACCUUUCUAUUCAGAGCUACCUUUACCAGAUCCUGGAGGGCAUCUACUUUUGUCACUGUCGUCGAGUCCUCCACCGGGACCUGAAACCUCAGAAUCUCCUGAUUGACAACAAAGGAGUUAUCAAACUGGCAGACUUUGGCCUGGCUCGGGCCUUUGGUGUGCCUGUCAGAGUCUACACCCAUGAGGUAAGGGCCUAUGUACACACACCACCAGUCACUAUAAAGUAACAUGGGUUAAAACAACUGUUAAAUAAAACCACACCAACACAGAGGUCAGAUGAAGAGCAUUUAAGACCUUCAGAAUGACCAAUGAACCGAUUGAAACCGUGUGUAUGUGUGUGUGUGUGUGUGUGUGUUUAGGUUGUGACUCUUUGGUAUCGGGCCCCAGAAGUCCUCCUUGGUUCCUUCAGAUACUCUACCCCUGUUGAUGUUUGGAGCACAGGGACCAUUUUUGCUGAACUGGCCACCAAGAAGCCUCUUUUCCAUGGGGACUCUGAGAUUGACCAGCUCUUCAGGAUCUUCAGGUAGAGACGGUGCACAAUCUGAUGUGCCCAUUUGUAGAAUCCUCCACUGUUGUCCAAGUAAAACUUUUGAGUGUAAAUCUAAAUUAAUGUAAAAAGUUCUUCAUGGAAGACAACCAUAAGCUAAGGAAAAUACAGUGGAUUCAAGAAGUGCUCAGAGGUGGGCCCCAUGGUGACUAAUUACAAUUACCAAACUGAAGUAAUCUGUAUUUGGCAGUUUAGAAAAUUUAACAUACUUCAUACUUCAUCUGACAAAAAAGCCACACAAUUGUGUACCAUAGCUCAAACCAUGAUACCAUCACAAACUGUUAAUACUACAAACAAAAGGAGUAAAUGUUGAGUUCAGGCAGGAUGGAUUUGGUUGUUUUUAAAGCCCUGAGUAGAAACUUAACAUAGAAAAAAGAGAAAGCCAAGACAGUUUGAAGAUGCUCACAAAGCUUUGGUGCCCUUAUUGCAAAACAGACCGUUUGAAUGUCCCCGUUGCUCUCUCACCAAAAGAAUAAGAUCCUGAACUAUCAGCCACCAGAAAGCCCUCCUCUAUUAGGUCGAUAGGAUUACUUAAUGUUUGUUUCUUUUCAGGGUUCUGGGUACACCCAACAAUGAAGUGUGGCCUGAUGUUGAAAACCUGCCUGACUACAAAAACACCUUCCCUAAAUGGAAACCUGGUAACCUGUCAUCAGCGGUGAAAAACCUGGACAAUAAUGGCCUGGAUCUACUGGCUGUACGUCUGGGAGAUUACUUUCUUUCUUUAUACUUGUGUGACUUUGGUCAUAAAUUAGUGAUGUCUUUAUUCUACUCAGAAUUAAAGAGACAAGGCAAGACUUAAAAAAACCAAAGUUUUACCCACCCACUGUCACAGUGAAUCUGAGACCAUUGUAGCAACACUCUGACUAAUACAAGAAAUCACAGCUCAUCUUUAGCUCCAUCUCCACUAACAGAGGUUACAUGUGGCAGUGGAGCUUUCUUAGUAAAUGUUUAGAGUUUUCAAGGAGCUGGGAGAUUUUAAGUAGUUAAGAUUACCAAAGGGAGCGCUGUAGAGAAAGUUUAGGAGCAGCUGGUGUUCAGGGACAUAUUUCAUAUUUUUAUCCUCCAUAUUUUGCAGGCCAUAGAUUAAACCUGGGGUAGCAGAGUGGGGUCAUUAAAGCAGUUUCUGUGUCUUCAUAUACUGUGUAGCUCAGCAUCACAAGUUCUCCACUCAGUAAAACCAGUGUGCUCACGGGUCCUUUUUAUAAACUUUUAUAAUGGUCUAAUUUUUCUCCUUCUUGUUUCUUUACUGCAGAAAAUGCUGACCUACAAUCCUCCCAUGAGGCUCUCUGCUCGUCAGGCCAUGACUCACCCUUAUUUUGAUGACUUGGACAAAUCCACCCUACCUACUGCUGGUAUUAACAAAAUCUAGAAUCCAGAUUCUCCAUAAAAACUCAUUCAUACAUUCAUACCCAUUGUGAAUUCCCAUUCUGUAAAUAUGUGUGUGUGUGUGUGUGUGUGCAUAUGUGUGUAAAAAAAAUUGUAAACCUUUGGUAAUGUUCUGUCUUUUCAAUAAAGCCGCACUUUCUAUCUUCAAACUGG